AUGGUGAAUGUCAAGACGACAUUUGAAUUAGGAAGACAGAGGACAAAGCGAUCGGCCGUCUCCCACACAGGAGCUAAAGUCUGUCAUGAUGACAGUGUCAGCGAAACCCUCGCCAGCCACCAAGCUUAUUUCAAACUAAGAGUUUGCCAGGUGUCAGUAUGGGAGGCCUUUCGCGUCUUCCUGGACCGCAUCCCCAGCAGCAUUGAAUACGACAGCUGGGUCUCCACCUGUCAGCUGGAGUCACUGUGCAUGAUUGACCUGCUCAGGAACUUCUCAGCCUCCCAGGAGCACAUGGACGUGGUCAGCAAGAAACUUAGUGUGCUGGAUGAAUUUGAGGAGGAAAGCCAGUCGGAAACAAGCCUCUCCAACACUCUACCUGAACAAGCAGCAGAGCAUGUGGUGGAGUUCAGUGUUACAGUUGUGGAUCCAGGCUUCAGUGAGCUUCUGAACGACACCAGCAAUCCGCACUACUAUGACUUCACUCGUAGUCUGCACAAAAAGAUGCUGCAUGUUUUUGAUAAACUGCCAGGAUUUAAAGAGUUCAGAAUUUUAGGAUUCAGAGCUGGAGGCGUUUCGGUCCGAUAUGCCGUGGUCUUUGAGACACUCACAUUGGACACUGAAGAAGUUGGUGAAGGAAGUGCCGACGAAGAUGAAGAAGGAGUAGGAUCUGACAGCGGGAACACGGCAUCCUCCAGUCUGAAGCAAAUAGUCACCAAAGCCCUGACUGAAGAGAAGUCCCUCCCUGUGGAUGUAGGCUCCAUCUGCUUCGACCCUGGGGCAUUCACUGUUGAUGAUGAUCCAGUAGCCUUGACCUCCGGGCUCCAUCAGACUACAUUAGCUCCUACAGUGUGGCCACCAGCCAACCUGAUCAUAGAGAAGCAGCUUGAGGGUAAUGUGAACGAGAGUGUCCCACACAAACCAAUGUCCCUCCAAGCUGAAGAAACCACAAGAGGAAAUCUGACUCCACGUGCUACCACAGAACCCACUGCAGAUCGUGUCACUUCCACCACGCAAACAGAGGUCUACCCUAUGCCUUUGAAAGAACCAGUGGAUGUCCCUGAUGUCACCGAGUCCCCCCAACAUGUAGAGGAAGUCACCUUGGGAUCUUCUCCCACUGAUGCACACAGACAGGAAGCUCACAAAGAGGGACCACCAUCCCAAACUGUGGCCCCUCUGCCAAAGGAUGCAGACACCAUGGACUUCCAGAAAGGAUACCCAGCAGAGACAGAACAAGUGGUGGAAAGUGAAGCAUCCACACAUGACCCACCACUGAAUAUGGCACGCCAAGGCAAGGAGUUAGUGGUAUUCUUCAGCCUUAGGGUCACCAACUUAAUGUUUUCCACCGACCUUUUCAACAAGAGCUCCCCUGAAUACCGAUCAUUGGAGAACACAUUCCUUGAGGUGACACAGAUCUCUGACCCUAAAGACUCGUCGAACCCAGGAGCAUCCAGUAAAUCUGAGACUGGGAGACAGAGGACAUUAGCAUCAAUCCCGCUUCUCCCAUAUCUGCAGUCUAAUUUGUCCGGGUUUAAAGAAUUAGAGAUUCUCAACUUCAGGAACGGCAGCGUUAUAGUAAACAGCAAGAUGAAGUUUGCCGAGUCGUUGCCAUACAACGUCACCAAGGCGGUUCACUGUGUCCUCCAAGACUUCUGCAAUGCCGCUUCCAAACGGCUUGACAUCGAGAUUGACAGUCGAUCCCUGGACAUUGAGACUGCCGACCAGGCGGACCCCUGCAGGUUCACGGCCUGCAACGAGUUCUCCCGCUGCGUGGUUAACAGAUGGACCCAGGAGCCCGAGUGCCUGUGCAACCCGGGCUACAGCUCGGUGAACGGCCAGCCCUGUCAGAGCGUCUGCGCCCUGGAGCCGGGCUACUGCCUCAACGGGGGGCAGUGUGAGAUAGUCCCGGGUCAUGGCGCUGCGUGCAGGUGUCCUGUAGGGAAGUACUGGCACUUUCAUGGAGAGCGCUGCACAGAACUGGUGUCUGUGCCUGUAGACCCAUUCCUAUUUGUGAUUUGCUUUGUGGGGUUCCUCCUCUUCGUUCUGGCCGUGAUAGGCCUCUUGCUUCUAAUUAAUAGGAAAUGUAUACGGACGAGAAAAACUGUGACACUGGUGCACUCGCGCAGUCCUUUUUCCUUUGGGAACACUAUGAGAGUAAACCCGGUUUUUGAAAGUGACGAUAGCACAUUGACUCGUGUCUCCAGCCUGAACUGCACUUCGAGUUCCGGAACCAGCUCCUCCCGGUUCUCUGAGCACGACACAUUGGACUCCAUUGAAAACAUGCACCUUAGUAUCGAAAUACCGAGACAGCUGUACACUACGAGGCCGGACAAGUUAGUUUCAGAAAUGGUGGAUUUCCAUCACUGUAUACCGUUCCCCGAGAAGUGGAGAUUGUCUAAGGAAUACAGGACGUCAUGUUGCCUACUGAGGACAGGGGACAACGAAUGCUUGGAGGUCACCGUUUUAUGA